AUGUUGGCUCGAAAGUUCUCAGCUUUCAAAUUCAAACAUGGGUUUCACCUCGCCGCCUUCAUCACUUCUUCUUCUUCACAGGUAAGCAAGUUUCAAUCUUCAAAUUCUCACUUAUUUUCCAAUUUCGAUUCAACCCAUUAUAACCAAUACCCACACCAAUUUCCUUCAAAUUUUCCAAGAUUUUUCUCUUCUGAAUCACAAACCUGUUUAAAAUUCAUAAGAGAAGGAAAUUUCGAUGAGAAAACAUCUCAAAAUCUUGUAAUUUGUCCUGGUUGUGGUGUCCAUAUGCAAGGGUUAGACCCAAAAUUACCAGGUUACUUCAUGAAACCUUCAGAGAAGAAGCCGGAUUACAAAAUGAAAUUAGAUAGACAGCCCAUAUUUGAUGAAACUGAGAUCUCAGAUUCUAUCAAAAGGGGCAGUCUCAAUGAAGUUAAUAAUGAGCCUGAACAACUCCCAAAAGCUACUAAAUUUGGUUCGAAACCGGUUGUUUGUGCUAGAUGUCAUUCGUUGCGUUAUUACGGGAGAGUGAAAGAUGUUACGGUGGAGAAUUUGUUACCGGAUUUUGAUUUUGAUCAUACAAUUGGUAGGAAAUUGGUGUCGACAAGUGGGGCACGGUCAGUUGUUUUAAUGGUUGUUGAUGCUGCUGAUUUUGAUGGGUCAUUUCCUAGGAAAGUUGCGAGAUUGGUUUCGGAUACUAUUGAUGAGAAUUCAGUAGAUUGGAAACAAGGGAAAUCAGGGAAUGUACCUAGAGUUGUUCUUGUGGUGACGAAAAUUGAUCUGCUUCCACCUUCUUUAUCGCCUACGAGGUUGGAGCAUUGGAUCCGUACACGUGCGCGUGAAGGAGGAGCUAAUAAGGUUACUAGUGUUCAUUUGGUUAGUGCAGUUAGAGGCUGGGGUUUGAAAAAUCUUGUGGAUGAUGUUUGUAAGCUGGCUGGUGCUAGAGGAAAUGUUUGGGCUGUUGGAGCUCAGAAUGCAGGGAAAUCAACGUUGAUUAAUUCGAUAGGUAAACAUGCUAGUGGAGGGGACGUUAAUGAAUUAACUGAAGCUCCUGUGCCUGGGACUACUCUGGGGAUAAUUAGGGUUGAGGGUAUUCUUCCUGGUCAAGCGAAAUUGUUCGAUACUCCAGGACUUUUGCAUCCUCACCAGCUUACGACAAGACUGACGAGGGAAGAACAGAAAUUGGUACAAAUAAGCAAGGAGUUGAAACCAAGAACUUACAGAAUAAAGGCUGGUUAUACUGUUCAUAUUGCUGGCCUAAUGAGACUGGAUUUGGAGGAAACAUCUGUCGAUACAGUUUAUGUUACAGUCUGGGCUUCUCCUUACCUUCCUUUGCAUAUGGGAAGAACAGAGAAUGUUGAGACUAUGCUCGAGCAUCAUUUCGGUCGUCAAUUACAGCCACCUAUCAAUGAGGAAAGAGCCGAGGAACUUGGAAACUGGGUCCAAAGGAAAUUUCAUGUGUCAGGAAACAGUUGGGAUGUAAGCUCCAUAGACAUCUCAGCUUCUGGCGUUGGUUGGUUUGCCGUGGGACUAAAAGGGGAAGCCCGUUUAGGUGUUUGGACUUAUGAUGGCAUUGAUGUUACAUUACGGAACUCGCUUAUCCCACAACGAUCAAACCACUUUGAAGUGCCAGGAUUUACAGUCUCUAAGAUUGUUUCCCAAGCAGAUCGAGCUACAAAUAAACAACCUCAAAGCAAAAGGCAGAAGAAGCAAAAGCAGAGCAAAGAUGCUGUGUCUGAUUCAUCUCCGUUACCAGAUAAUGCGGAAGAUACAAGUCCUUGCUAAUAAAAAGUGGUACCAUACCUGAGAAUGAAAGUUCCGUGGUGUAUAUUGUUAUCAUUACCAGCUUUGGACUUUGGUCUCUAUUUCGUAAAGACUACGAAAUUUAGCUAUGGACCCCCCGUGUCCUCGACUCUUGGAGUCAUCAGUGUUAGAGAAUUUGACCUUUGCAUAUUGAUUAUCUGCAGUUUGGACGACGUUUUCGGUUUGAUGCCGCAACCAUCGCCAGCAGCAAGACUUGGUUAGGCUAGGCCUUCGCAUGUGAGUAUGCAUUUUGUUUUUUUAUGUGAACUCAAUGUCCGAGGUGUGCGAAUUAAGACAUGGUAUCAUAAUAAAUUGGGGUUUGAACUAGAUGUGCUCAAGGGACAGCUCCGAUUGGGUGUCUGUUCAGUGGAGCGGGCGGGGUUCAUCCAAUUUCUGUCACUGCUACUGUUAAGACAUUCCUUCAAAAUAGAUCACAGUAUUUCUUAUACUUUCUGGUUUUAAGAAAGAAAACAGUUAUUUGGAGCAUUAUAUGAAAAAGAAUUACACAAAUAAUCUUAUAAUAGAACUUUUAAGUAAUUCAUUCACUAGUUAUUAGACUUGCUUUUACUAAUCCACCAUCAUCUUAUCUUACAAUUAUCGAAAAAAAACAUUAUUAAUAUUAACCUGCGCCGAAAACCAAAGCAUGUAAUAGUUGUAGUUUUUCCACUAGCCAUUUCAGCGUAUAAU